AUGCCGCUUUGGCAGCAGGAUUAUUUUGAGCUGAAGAACAGCAGGUGCCAGAAGCACCUUCUGACCUGCCCUUUCUUCCUAAAAAGGGAGUGCCUGUCUAUCCACAUUGGCCAGGCCGGUGUCCAGAUUGGGGGUGCUUGCUGGGAGCUCUAUUGCCUGGAACAUGGAAUCCAGCCAGAUGGUGUUGUUCUCAAUGGUGGUCAGGAUCUGCUGGCACCUGCUAAAACAGAGCCCAUGGGUGCAUCUUUCGAUUCCUUCUUUUGUGAGACCAGAGCUGGGAAGUAUGUGCCCAGAGCACUCUUCAUGGACCUGGAGCCUACUGUCAUAGAUGAGGUGCGUGCAGGCAGCUACCGCUCACUCUUCCACUCUGAGCAGCUCGUCAGUGGAAAAGAAGAUGCUGCAAACAACUACGCCCGAGGUCGCUACUCUGUGGGGCCAGAGAUCCUCGACCUGGUGCUGGAGAGGAUCCGCAAGCUGGUGGAACACUGCAGUGGGCUUCAGGGGUUUCUGAUCUUCCGAAGCUUUGGAGGAGGCACUGGGUCGGGAUUUACGUCUCUCUUGUUGGAGCAGCUCUCCGUAGAAUACAGUGGCAAGACUAAAUUGGAGUUCUCCGUCUACCCAGCCCCAAGGAUCUCAACCACUAUAGUGGAGCCUUACAACUCCAUCCUCACCACCCACCCCACCAUAGAGUACGUAGACUGUACCUUCCUGGUGGACAACGAGGCCAUCUACAACAUCUGUCAUGGCAAACUUGACCUUGAACGCCCCUCUUAUGCCAGCAUCAACAGGCUGAUCAGCCAGGCAGCAUCUUCCAUCACUGCCUCCCUCCGGUUUGAAGGCAUCCUGAACGUGGACCUGACUGAAUUCCAGACCAACCUGGUGCCUUACCCGCGGAUACACUUCCCAGUGACCAGCUUUGCCCCCAUCUUGUCCGCCGACAGCAACCACCACAAGGAGCCGUCUGUGUUGGAUAUCACAGCUGCAUGCUUUGAGCCCUCCCACCAGCUAGUCAGAUGUGACCCUCGCCUGGGGAAGUACGUGGCCUGCUGCCUGCUCUACAGAGGGGAUGUGGUCCCCAACGAGGUGAACGCGGCGAUUGCGGCCACAAAGUCCAGGAACUCUGUUCAGUUUGUAGACUGGUGUCCGACUGGAUUCAAGGUGGGCAUCAACGAUCGGCCCCCCCGGGAGGUGCCAGGAGGGGACCUGGCUGAGGUCCAGCGGGCAGUCUGUAUGCUGAGCAAUAGCACAGCGGUUGCAGAGGCCUGGGCCCGUCUGGGCCACAAGUUUGAUCUCAUGUUCGCUAAGAGGGCAUUUCUGCACUGGUACAUCAGGGAGGGCAUGGAGGAAGGUGAGUUUGCAGAGGCCAGGGAGGACUUGGCGGUCCUGGAGAAAGAUUAUGAGGAAAUGGGGAGGAGUCUCUGA